AUGUCGGCAUGUCGGCACGACCUUGUAGUCAUCAUCAAAGGCCCAUGCCUCCACACGAUAUCCAACCUAAUGCAAGGAGCUCUAAACACCAUAUUCAAAUGGUGUCGAGAAAAUGACUUGUCCAUUAAUCCGAGCAAGACCGUGAUAGUACCAUUCACACGAAAACGCAAGCUCGAAAAGCUCACAGAACCAAGACUUAAUGGACAAAUAAUAUCAUUCUCAGACGAGGUCAAGUACCUGGGGGUCACCUUCGACCAAAAGUUAACUUGGAACCCUCACCUGAGGAACAUCACACAAAAAGCAAAAAUGGCCAUGUGGUCAUGCUGUCGCAUGGCAGGAGCAAGAUGGGGCAUAAGACCCAAAAUUGCUAUGUGGUUAUACACAGCUGUAGUGAGGCCAAUUAUCACCUACGCUUCCGCAGUCUGGUGUAACAAAACCAACCAAAAGACGGCAAUAGACACAUUAAACAGCCUGCAACGCACGGCUUGUUUAACAGCAACAGGCGCCUUCUCCUCGACACCGGGAGCGGCCCUAGAUGCACUGCUGGAUAUUAUACCACUCCACUUGCAGGUGCAAAAGGAGGCCAAGCAAACCCUUAGCAUGCCCACAGAUGACACGCACACUCAAUGUCACUUUACUAAACUGUACACAGUAGAAAUACCUCCUAGAGACAAAUGGACUAACGACCAAAUGUUCGUCGAAGAGGGAAGCCUUAUUUGGUAUACGGAUGGUUCCAAGAAAGGCAAUGAUGUAGGAUGUGGGAUCUAUGGUGAGAGACCUAAGUUCAGAGCUAGCGUCAGCAUGGGCACACAGGCCUCAAUCUUCCAGGCAGAAGUCUUCGUCAUCAACAAAUGUGCGGAGAUCAACCUGGAUAGAAACCUAAGACACCAGCAUAUCUACAUCAACUCAGACAGCCAGGCUGCUCUGCUGGCACUAGAAUCUCUUGAGUCAAACUCAAAACUAGUCCAGAACUGUAAAUCAAACCUAAAUGCACUGGCUUAUUCCAACAAAGUUAUACUUAGAUGGGUACCAGGGCACUCCGACAUUAACGGAAACGAAGAAGCGGAUGAACUUGCUAGAAAGGGCGCAGACACACCCCUGGUCGGCCCAAAACCGUUUUGUGGAACCACAAAACGGGAUGCAUAUUCUCUGCUCAACAACAUAGAAAAAACGAGAGCAAUCGAUUGGUGGAAGUUCGUAAAAGGACAAGAACACUCGAAAGCUCUAAUCAAAGGGUUCAACAGCAAAACUGCUAAGGAGCUUCUAGGGCUCAAAAGACACAAAACUUGUGCGGUGACUAGAAUUUUGACUGGACACUGCAAGUUGAACAAACACAUGUUUCAAAUAGGGAAAAAACAAGAUGCGACAUGCAGGUUCUGCCAAGAGUCAGAGGAGACUGCUAUGCACAUUCUCUGCUCCUGCGGACCACUAAUGUCCAAAAGAAGUACCUACCUAGGGCGACAUAUACUGGAACCCUAUGAGGUACAGAGCAUUACGGCCCAAAGAAUCUGGAAUUUCCUGGAUUCAACGGGCAUUAGUAAUGAACUUUAA